CUUCAAUCCACUCUUCUCUUCCGAUCAAACCCACCCACCAUUUUACCAAGAUGAAGAACCACGGCGCUCCAAAUCCUCCUUUGGCAAUCCUCCUCUUCGCCCUCUUCACCCUUCUCCCGCUGAACCCAGCCGCCGGAGCCGCCCACGCCGGUCCCCUCACUUACCUCUGGCCUCUCCCCGCCGACUUCAAUUCCGGCGAGCAGACCCUCUCCGUUGACCCCGACCUCGCCCUCGUCGCCGACGGCAACGGCGGCAAGUCGGCGAUUAUCAAGGACGCAUUCGACAGGUACAAGGGGAUCAUAUUCAAGCGCGGCGGCAGUGGCGGCAGGCGGUCAUUGGGGUUGGAGAGGUUUGCUGCUGGUGGUCGGAAGGGGAAACGAUCGGCGAGCUACGAUGUUGCUGGGUUGAAAAUCGUGGUGCAUUCAGGGAGCGAAGAGCUUGCGCUCGGAGUGGAUGAGAGCUACAAGCUAUUUAUAGGGAAGAGUGAUGGGCAGUCCAUUGUUUGGGAAGCAACUAUCGAGGCGAAUACCAUCUACGGGGCGUUGCGGGGUUUGGAGACUUUCAGCCAGUUGUGUGUUUUUGACUAUGGAACGAAGUCUGUACAAAUACACAAGGCUCCAUGGUUUAUUCAAGACAAACCAAGGUUUAAUUACCGCGGGAUGAUGAUUGACACUUCGAGGCACUAUUUGCCAAUUGAGGUUAUCAAGCAAAUCAUUGAGUCCAUGUCCUAUGCUAAAUUUGUAAGAUACAAGCUACUGGUUGUUGAGCUUGUCAUUUGAAAUUUGGAUCUCCGAGAAGCUUGUGCUUCUAUUGUCUUUUUUCCAUCAUCUACUAAUUGGUUUUGCUUUCCAUGCUUUGUUCUAAUCCCGAUGAUGGGAAUUGCAUUCAGUAGAACGUCUUGCAUUGGCACAUCAUUGAUGAGCAGUCAUUUCCUCUCGAAGUACCAUCAUAUCCGAAAUUAUGGAAGAGUUCAUAUUCGAAUUGGGAGCGCUACACUGUUGAGGAUGCAUAUGAAAUUGUUAACUUUGCCAAGUCCAGAGGCAUCAACGUAAUGGCAGAAGUAGAUGUCCCUGGGCAUGCAGAAUCAUGGGGCGUCGGGUAUCCUGAUCUUUGGCCUUCUUCCUCAUGUAGAGAGCCACUGGAUGUUACAAAGAAUUUUACCUUUGAUUUGAUAUCGGGGAUGCUGUCAGACAUGAGGAAAAUUUUCCCUUUCGGCCUCUUCCAUUUGGGUGGUGAUGAAGUUAACACAGAUUGCUGGAGUUCCACUCCUCAUGUUAAGAAAUGGCUUGCGGAGCGGAACAUGACUACAAAAGGUGCAUAUGAGUAUUUUGUACUCAAAGCUCAAGAAAUAGCAAUAUCAAAAGGUUGGAUCCCAGUCAACUGGGAAGAGACAUUCAAUGCAUUUCCAUCAGCCCUCAACCCAAAGACCAUAGUGCAUAAUUGGUUGGGUGGAGGAGUUUGCCCAGCGGCGGUUGCUAAAGGUUUUAGAUGCAUAUUUAGCAACCAAGGUUUCUGGUACCUUGACCACUUGGAUGUUCCUUGGGAGGAUGUUUAUACAGCUGAUCCAGUUGAAGGGAUCCAUGACGCCUCGAAGCAAAAGCUUGUCAUUGGUGGAGAAGUUUGCAUGUGGGGCGAGACUGCUGAUACCUCCGAUGUCCUGCAAACAAUUUGGCCGCGAGCUGCUGCUGCUGCCGAGCGGUUAUGGAGCAAGAAAGAGGACAUAUCUGGGAACAUUACGCUAACCGCAUUACCCAGAUUGCACUACUUCAGAUGCCUACUGAACAGGCGUGGAGUUGCAGCUGCUCCAGUCAAUAACAAAUAUGCUAGGCAGCCUCCAACCGGCCCUGGUUCAUGCUAUCUGCAAUGAUCCCAUGUGGAGCCGUCGUGCAUUUUAUGAAAGGAUAUCGCUACAACAAUUCUAAUGUUUGUGAAAAUUCCAUUUGUUCAAGAUCAUCUUCUUGUUCUUGUUGUUGUAAUUUAUUCAUUAACGAAUCGGGUUAACCAGUUUCUGCUCCUUGUUUACCCACCUUCCAUCUGAAUCACCAUUGUCACCUCCCAACUAUGUGCUCCACUCUGCUAAAUUCCAUCUAACUGGUGUUGGAUUUUCUGUAAAUGUCUGGUUUGGUAAUCAGUAAAGGUGACAAGUGGGUGGGACAUUUGAGUUGAUGGUCAAAUUUUGGUACUGAGCUAACCUGUCUACUAAUCCAGGAAACAGGAUAUUGAAUAAUUGAUGGACUGU